GAUAACCAAUCUACAGAAUAGUCCGUUAACCGAUUUCGGUUAUAAGCAUUCAACAAGUAAUUGAAAGCUCGCGAAUCGAGUCCAAAACCAAACCUUUGAGCCGAAUCGACCAAUUGGUUAACCACUACGCUUGGAAUUAGCUGCGGAUUGCACGAAACGAAGAGUACGAGCAAAUUGCAGGCGCGAUCGUAAGUCUGAGGAGAGCUAACCAGAAUAUGAAUGAGUACCCAGAAGACAUCUCUGCCUUGGCAGAUUCGAGUAAAUGACCUGACCCAAUUGCAGUACUGAAGAGCCGAGACUGGGUCGUUCUUACGACCUAGAAGCACUUCGAUUGCACGAGCGUCGUCCACAUCAUCGCACUGCAGAUUCUGAAGCUCGAAGGUCGAAAACAAAGGUAAACGAUCCGGUCAAGGGGUCAGAUUGGGAAAUUUCAGCUCUUGGAUGAUUUCACUUGGUAUCUAGACUCCAAUUAUCGGGUGGAUUGGGAAAUCGAGACUGCGAAGAAAAGGGAAGAGGGUUUAUCUAAUUUGGAGAAAAAAAAAGGAAAACCUGAAAAAUAGAUAAAGUAGUAUCUAGUUAAGGGAAGAACUAUAUAAAAAUCUAAAGACACGAAAGAGCAGUAAAGCAAAGCACCAAUUAUGGGGAAAGAAGAAGCAAACCCGAUUUCGAUCUAUAUUGCUCCCGAUCUACUGGAAGAGAUAUUUUUGAGACUUCCCCUUAAAUCUCUGUUCAAAUUCAAAACUGUUUCAAAAGAAUGGAGAUCGAUACUGGAAUCAAAUAUGUUCGUGGAGAUGCAUCUGAGUUUUCAAAAAUCUGGUAAGAGCCGCCGGAAAAUCCUAGCCGCUAACCACUGCGACUGUGGCGCCCCGCCAAGUCUCCUCCCCGGGGUGCGAUUCGAAGGAGACGAAGAGGUUGUCUAUUUGCGCUGCGAGUCGACACGACCGUCGAUGAGUUGCGACGGUUUGCUCUGCAUUCCCGAACCAGGUUGGGUCAACGUUUUGAAUCCCUCGACCAGAGAAAGCCGCCGUUUUCCUUCCGGCCCAGAUCCCGUUCCAGCCCCCUUGAACCGCCGCCGAAACUGCUUUUUUACGAACGGAGGAUGGACGGCGUUUUUCCCGGGAUAUUGGUCGAUGGGGUUUGGCAGAGACAAAGUUACGGGGAGUUAUAAAGUAGUGAGGAUGUUCUUUGAUCAUAACCAUUGCGACGUCCUUGAUGUCAACACUGGUGGAUGGCGGAAAGUGAGUCAACCUCCAUACGAGGUUGAAGCGGGACGAAUAUCGGCUUGUGCGAAUGGCUCCAUCUAUUGGUUUGACAUCUGGCGUGGUUGUAGGUUACUGGCCUUUGAUCUUCACACUGAAGAGUUCUAUGAUGUCCCCCUUCGAGAGGGUAUGAGAUUCAAGAUGGAAACUCAGAUAGUUAACCUUGAGGACAAUCUAGCUUUAUCCACAGCCGUAUUGAAUAGUGAUCAUGAAUGGGAACUAGAGAUAUGGACCAUGGAUGCAGAAGAAAGAUGGAGCAAGACUUACUCCAUCAGUUUAGCUUGUCUAGGUAUUAAGCUAUUUGAGCCUAGGUGGUUCAGGCCAGUGAUAGUUUCUAAGCAGGAUGAUGUUGUGAUCUAUGAUGAUAAGAAACGUUUGUUCAGAUAUUAUCAAUGUACAAAUACCAUCCGUCAGAUCUUUUCAUAUACUUGCGUCAUAUCUCGUUAUCUCGAAAAUAUGGUCCGUCUUCAGAACGAACAAGUCGAACCAACGACUGAAAUUGCAUGCAUCCGUGGAAUAACACGCAUCGGUCAGGAUGGAAUUGCUUUUGCUCAUCUUGUAUCAUCUUUUCCAUCAAGAAUUGAUACGUUUCUUUGUAAGGGAAAAUGCUUAAGCGUUUUGGUCGUCCUUGCAACAUUUAUUUUUCUGUCCAUUUGCUGUGUUACCGGUUUUGUGCUGGGGAUACUUUAUCUAGUGUGGCUAAUUUAAUAUUUCUUUACUGGUUAGUUUGUUUUGGUGUUCGGGGCAACAUCAUCAAGGUAAUUUAUCUUCUAUAGUUUAAACUGUGUUUGAUGGUCUUUUUAUGAUUGCUUGGAAACAUUUCGCUCCGCCUGUUUUUUCUUUACAGGCGGAGCGAAAUAGAGGAUGUGGAUAUGUCUUAAGUGGUUAUGGAAAUGUGCAAACGUGGACAUCAAUAUUAACAAACACAGCUACCCCUCAGGUACAUUUGUAUGCAUUAAACAUGUGGUUUUUUAGGUGAGUAUGGGAACGAUGUGGGUAGGAAAAUGUGGAUAUGCAGAUAUGGCCUUUAAAAAGUAUACCUGAGAGAGGUAAAAAUGUGGGUAUGUAAUAUACAUUACACUCACAUUAUCUGAAGUAAGGUUAAAUUGUGUGGAUAAAGACACGUGGAAGUGGAAGAGAAGAAAAAGUGCUAUAAAAUUAAAUAUUUUUGGAGCUAUUUCCCCUUUGAUAAGGGUUGAUCUUUGUAAUGUGCUGAAUCUUUGAUCCAAUA